AUGGGAUCUGCAGUUUCCAACAUCCUCGGUGCCUUUUCGCUGGGGCUUUUAUGUUAUCCAGACGGGAGUCCUUUUGAUAGUAGUGCGAAGAUAUACUCUGCGCUCCAAUUCUUUGUCACCACCAUUUUCAUCAUCUUCGCAUAUUUUCAACAGCUGAAUAAAGCUACCGGUGGGCUUCUCAUCGCUCUCUUCGCACUUUAUAUCAUCUCUAUUGGCUUUGCCAUCUACAGAGGUAUCAGUGAAACGCCGCUGCCGUCGGACAGUGAAAGUGACGACGAAUCAAUCAAUGUCUGUGAUGAACAAACACCGGGGCAGAGUACCGGGCAGUCAGCCUCGGAGGCUUCUCCUCUAUUAGGAGAGACGGACACGCCCCAGGAAUUGAGAUAUGUCCUUGCCCACAGCGCAGGCACUAUCGCCGACUCUCUCAAUCUGUCAGGCACUGUAUUUGGCUUAACUGUGAUCGCGUUUGUCACAACCUUGCCAGAGAAGUCCAUUGCUAUGCUCAGUGGCUUUCGUGGACAGGGAGGCAUAAUUGUUGCAACCACAGCAGGGAGUAAUAUCUUCCUACUAACGCUAUGUGUUGGUAUUGUCGUGGUGGCAGGAAACACCCUCGAUCAGUCAGAUACAUUUGUUCUGUUUGAUCUGGUGACAGUUUGGGUGUCCUCGCUGUCCCUCCUCGCGGUUGUCUUUCUGGGACCCCAACGAAUGGCUGGCCUAGUACUUCUCGCUGCCUACGUGAUUUUUCUAGUCAUGGAGUUCACCCUCUACAGGCGUUGA